UUGGCGGAGACCUGUUAGAUUCCGCAAUGUAUUAUCGAUCUGCACCAGCCACCACAUGAUUCCGCCCUUGUUUAAGCUGCUAAACGCUCUCCAAUUCUAUUCCUUGGGCAAUUCUUAGAUUUGUGAUCGAGCGAGCUCUCGGGAUUCUCGGAUAUGGCCGGGUUCGACCUUUGGAUAUCCGCGUUGCCAGAGUUCAAUUUCACUCCGUAAAUUGAAUCUGCGGAUUUCCUCGUAUGCGGGGUAGAAAGAUUUGAUUUUGAGGGUGGAACAUGUACCGUAGCGUGGCAGAAAACGCCACGCGCGGUGGGAUGGCGUCCGAUAACGGAGAUGCGGUGGUGACGCUCCAUCAGUUGCCACGUUGGAACGACGCGGAUCAGAGAUCUUACGUUUCCGGGGAUAUAUCGUCGCCGUUGUCAUACUUCUCGGAUCCGCUUACUUCGCCUUCUGAAGCUGAUUCCGGGGUGAAAUCGAGGUUCCCUGUGGAUCACGAAAUCAAUUCUAAGAUUUAUCUUUGGCGCGGAAACCCAUGGAAUCUGGAGGUUGAUGCGGUGGUGAAUUCCACUAAUGAGAACUUGGAUGAAGCACACAGCAGCCCUGGCUUACAUGCUGCUGCUGGCCCAGGUCUUGCAGAAGAAUGUGCAUCUUUGGGUGGUUGUCGAACUGGAAUGGCUAAAAUUACCAACGCUUAUGAUCUCCCUGCUAGAAAAGUUAUUCAUACAGUUGGCCCCAAGUAUGCUGUCAAGUACCAUACAGCCGCAGAAAAUGCCCUUAGCCAUUGCUAUCGGUCUUGCUUAGAGAUCCUAAUUGAAAAUGGACUACAAAGUAUUGCAACUGGAUGUAUUUAUACUGAGGCCAAAAACUAUCCUCGUGAGCCUGCUGCACAUGUUGCCAUAAGGACUGUAAGGCGUUUUUUGGAGAAACAAAAAGAUAAAAUCACUGCAGUUGUUUUUUGUACUUCCACAUCUACUGAUACAGAAAUAUAUAGAAGGUUGCUUCCACUUUACUUUCCGAGGGAUAAGCAUGAAGAAGAGAUUGCCGUGUCAAAACUUCCUGCAGAUGUUGGAGAUGAGAAUGGUGAGACAGUUAUUGAUGAAAGGAAAAUCAGAAUAAAACCUUUGCCUGCACCUUCGGUAGCUGAUGCAACUCCGACAACAAUCUCAUUAGAUCUUCCAGUUUCUGAUGUUGGAUUGACUCUGAGACGACGCAACUCUAACAGCUUGGAAUCCUACCUCGAUCCUACAUUUAUGUCAUUAAUUAAGGAUCCUGACCAGAGAAGGAAAGAGCAACAGGAAAAGGUUGCCCAAACACAAAGUGGUUUCAAUUGUGCCAAGCUUCUUGGAUAUGGUGACCUUAGUGGCCCACCACUUUCUGCUGCUGAAGAGUAUUCUCUCCAUUCAAGAUAUCUUGCCAAAGCAAAUUCUCUUAAUCUCACAGAUAUCGCUGAAAUGAAGAUAAUCUAUCGCGGUGGUGUGGAUAGUGAGGGAAGGCCUGUCAUGGUUGUCAUAGGAGCUCAUUUUCUUUUGCGGUGCCUGGAUUUGGAGCGUUUUGUGCUGUAUGUUGUAAAGGAGUUUGAACCCUUGAUUCAGAAGCCAUACAGCAUUAUUUACAUUCACUCUGCAGCCUGUUUGCAACCACAACCGGAUUUGGGAUGGAUGAAGCGGUUGCAACAGAUAUUGGGUCGGAAGCACAAGAGAAAUUUGCACGCUAUAUAUGUUUUGCAUCCGACACUGGGAUUGAGGGCAGCAAUCUUCUCCCUGCAGCUUCUGGUGGACGGUGAGGUAUGGAAGAAAGUUGCGUAUGUGGAUCGACUCCUUCAAUUGUUCAGAUAUGUUCCUCGCGAGCAGUUGACCAUCCCUGACUUCGUCUUCCAGCACGACCUCGAAAUUAAUGGAGGGAAAGGUUUCAUCGUCGAUCCAAGAACAAAAUAUAUCUAUCAGAGAGCGCCUGCGUGAUCGCAGUUGGUUGAUUAUAUGUUCUGUUCGAUCUCGUGUACAACAGACUCGAGUGCCUUGUGUUUUUUUGCUUUCGCUGCCGAUGCUUAUUUAGAAACAUCUAAGUGUCUAAUAAAGCGGCGGUUUUUGUAAUUUUUUUAUGUAUAUUUUUUAUCAUAACAAAUCAUUUUAAUGAUAAUUAAGGUGAAUUAUUGGUUUGAUCA